UGAAUCUUUUGCCUCCUAUGACCAUUGAGACAAGGUUUACCCACUGACAAAUACGAGUUCUCAAAAGCAUAGCUUCCCAGGGCCGAUGUGCCAGGCUGUGGGUCGUUCAGGGACUGCCUAAAUGCUAUGUAUUGAUCUUUUCGUAGCAUCUCCUCACCCAAAUGAUGUCUAGUCUAUUCAAACAAGAUCCCAUGUAGCCAUGUGCCCUUGGCUACAUGCUACACCCUCUCUUGCUGGCGUUUCACCGAGCCAUUGAGUGGCGCCCUUGAAAACCGCUGCAUGCUGCUGCAGCAUCACAUGCUGCGAGAUGUCAUGCUGGCCGAGGAAGGCCGAAUCCGCUUGCUUCAACAAGACUGGGUGGACAGGAGCGAGGAACUGUCAAAGGCAUGUGAUGGAUUCUUGAGAACAUUGGAGAGUCUACAGACACUUUCUAGACCAAUUUUGCAGACUAACCAGCAGGUUGUGGCCCAACAUAGACUGUCCGCCUUGAAUCUGCGCAACCGUGUCCUGGACUGCAAGCAGGAGCAGCAAGCAGCAUUAAGCAGUGCAGUUGAGCGACUGCAUGACCUGCGCAACAAGCUGAAUCGGCUAAAGAGCAUUGAAUCGGAUCUCGUCCUUGUAUUGAAACAACAAGAUCAGCAUCUAGCGGGCUUGCCCCAUUCAGCACCGAAAGGAUGAAUUGAUAAUCUGCAAAUAAUCCACCCCCUAGGAAGAUUGCAGUUUGCCAUUGACUGAAAUUCAUUUCCUACAGUAGGAAAUGAAUUUCAGGAAUCCUACUGCCAGUGGCAGUAGCCCCUCCCAUAAGGUGCAUCCUGUGCAGGAUAUUCUAGAUGCAAUGCAAUGAUGUGUGAUUGUCACACCACAUGGCGAGUUGCAU